AUGCGACGUUUAUCUGAGAUUAUAUCGGAUUGGGAUCGACCAUCACGAACUUCCCUAUCCAGUUUGUAUGCUUACGCUCGACGUGAAAGCGUUUAUUUAGCCCGAAAGAAGCUAGCUGGGUUAAAGGAUUGGGCUUUGGAUCUUCUGGCCAAAUUAAAAUCUAAACAAGGAAUGGCAAUUCGGCGAGAAGCGAGGGCCACUAAACUCGUUGCCACCGUGCUGCUUGUAUUUCUGGCUUGUUGGUUACCAUUUUUUACGUUAAAUAUGGUCAAAGUCUACAAACUCAUCUAUAAUUCCUGGACAAAAGAUUGGGAGAUUUGGUUUCACUGGUUCACUGCACUCGGCUAUCUGAACUCUUCUCUGAACUUUUUCAUCUAUUCGACAAUAAAUCCGAAAUUUCGCCACUCAUUCCGUCGAUUAUUGCGACUUCAGCGAUCAAGACUGAAGAAAGAAAAAUCAUGGAUGCUACCACCAAAACAGACUAGCAAACCGCUGACAAGUAAGAAAAUUUCUUUACAAAAACCGGAAAUCGUCAUUGAUCAAGUCUCAGCGAAUCAGGUUUUCAUUUCAAAAGAAGAUAAUACAACAUUUAGACGAUCAUCAUCUGAAAUAAUUGGCGGACUCUUUUCCAAGCUCUUUAUCAAGAAACAAAAGUAA